UCUGUCGAAGAUGCACUGGUCACCAGAGCAUGCCCAGUCCCUGAACCAGUGGCCGGAGCAGCACCUGGACGUCUCCUCCACCACCUCCUCGCCGGCCCACAAGUCCGACCUGUACCCCAGCACCCGCCAGCGCUUCAACUACGCCUGGGCCAACGACGACAUCUCGGCGCUCACGGCCUCCAACCUCCUCAAGAGGUACGCCGAGAAGUACUCGGGGGUGCUGGACGCGCCCUACGAGCGCCCGGCGCUCGGCGGGUACGGGGAUGGCGCCUUCGGGCCCGUUAACGGGCAGAAGGGGGACGGGGAGCCCUGGCCGGGGGCUCACGGCUCCGACGGCACCUACCCCCUGACACCCAUCCACGAUGGCCUCCCCGGCGCCAAGGGGGUGGUGCCGCCCGCGGUGCCCGCCAGCGGCGGGGCCAUCGGGCUCGGCGGCUCCCCGGUGGUGUCGGCCAACCUCGCCGACCCCAUGUACCCCGGCAACUCCUGCGGGGGAGCGGCCGCCAGCUCCGGCGGGCUCGGGGCGUCUCAGGAGUACCCCUCAGGCUACGGUGGCACCUACUUGCCCUCCGGCUACUGCACCCAGCCGGCGGCGGCGCUGCCCCCCCCGCACCCGUCCGCCCUCCACGGCUCGGGGCUCCUGCAGCCCCCGCACCCCUCGCCCGCCCUGGUGCCGGGCUACGGCUCCUCGGGCCCCGUGUACAACUACGCCGCCGGCACCUACCCGCCGCAGCCGGGCUACGGGGGCAUCCACCCGCCACACCCCCCCGCCUCCUACCUGCCCUCCGGCAUCGCAGCGCCCACCCCCAUCCCGGCCCCGCCGCCCGCCGCCCGCCCGCCCGGGGUGCCCGGGUACGGCUACCAGGGCGCCGGGCUGGCCCCGCUAGCCGUGCCGCCGCUGGGCACCGAGGCGGGCGCGCUGAAGAGGAAGGCGUUCGACAUCGGCGGGGAGGACGACGGGGAGGGCAGGUACAGGAAAUACAGCUACGAGCAGCCAAAGUCCCCCUACCCCCUGUCGGACAACGGCGAGUGCCGGGGCAACGGGUUCGGCGGCGCUGCCGAGUCCCCCCAGGUGGCCUUCAAGCCCGGGAAGCGGCCGGCGGGCGCGGGGAACGCCGAGGAACACGCCGGCAAGUACGGCGGGCAGCAGAUGAAGAGCAUGGUCUCGCCACCCUACGGCGCCGGGGACGCGCCCCUGCGGCCGGCAGAGCCCUUCGAGAAGUUCAGCCCCCCCUUGGCCAACGGGGAGCGGGCGGCAGAGCCGGGACCCCCCUUCCCGCUGCGGCUGCCCCCCAAGGCGCCGGUGUUCGGCAGCGCCCCGGUGGAGGAGCAGCCCAAGAACGUCGACCCGCUGGUGCUGGAGCUGGUGAACACCAAGGUGGUGGAGCGGGGGCCGCCGGUGCAGUGGUCGGACGUGGCCGGGCAGGUGUCGGUGAAGGCGGCCAUCGAAGAGGAGCUGGUGUGGCCCAUCCUGCGCCCCGGCGCCUACAGCGGCGCGAGCCACCCGCUCCGCACCCUCCUGCUCUUCGGCCCCCGCGGCACCGGCAAGACGCUGCUGAGCCGCUGCAUCUCCACCCAGCUGGGCUCCACCCUGCUGAGGCUCAGCGGGACCACCCUGCUCUCCACCUGGAAGGCCGAAGCCGAGAAGAUCCUGCAGACCGUGUUCUUCGUGGCCAGCUGCCGCCAGCCCGCCGUGGUGCUCAUCACCGAGGCCGAGGCCCUGCUGGGAGCCCGGGCGGGCGAGGACGGCGGGCAGGCGGGCAACCUCAAGUCCCAGCUCCUCUCCUACCUGGACAACGUGGCUACCUCAUCCGAGCAGAACGUGGUGGUCAUCGGCACCACGGCCCGGCCGGGCAGCAUGGACGAGGCGUCGCACCGGCGCUUCGGCACGCGGCUCUACAUCCCGCUGCCGGACGGCUCCGCGCGGCGCCACAUCCUGCGCCAGGCCCUGGCUCAGCAGAGCUGCUGCCUGAGCGAGCGGGAGCUGGCGGCGCUGGCGCAGCGCACCGAGAGCUUCUCCGGCGCCGAGCUCCUGCGGCUCUGCCAGCACGCCGGGGCCGCGCGCCGGGCGCUGCCGGGACCGCCGACCUCCUACCAGGACCUGGAGAAGGCCUUCUGCAAGGUCCGUCCCGCCGCCUCCCAGAAGGAGCUGGACUUGUUCCUGGAGUGGGAUAAGAUGUACGGCACCAGGCACUGACGGCACC